AUGUAUCCCGUUGCUUGUUUGCUGCUUCUGUUGGUCUGCCAUCCAGCGCUCGCCACUUGGUUUGAAUCCGAGGAUGUUAUACCUGUCCGGAUAAACGGGAGAGUCAAAAGAAGCGAGGAUCAGAAGCGAGUCAUCCUCAGCGCAUUUGGCAAGGAACUGACCCUCAAUGUUAUCCCCGAUGCCAGUUUCAUCUCGCCUUAUUUUACCAUACAGCGCCUUGAGAGAGCCGAGGGCGUCGGGACGUCAGGUGCUCAACUUGUCCCGGGUGACGACUUCCACAAUUUCAUCAACCAGACUGUUGAGAGUGAAGGGCAGCUGAGAAGUUGUUUUUAUUCAGGGAGCGUCGACCAAGAUCAACACUCACUCGUGGCUCUAAGUCUAUGCUCCGGCGUGUAUGGUUCCUUCAUAACAAACGGGACAGAGUACCUCAUUGAACCCAAAGUUCGAGGAGGGUUUGGGUCACGCUUUGCAGAACAGCUGCAUGUGAUCAAGAGGAGGACAUUACCCAAGAGUCCCGGUGUACCUUUCCUUUUCGAUCACGCGGUCGAAGCGAGUGGACUGAAGAAGCCCAAGUGGGGAAGUUUUAUGCGCGAUGGCGGUGACGCACGGAGGGCACCUCGCCGGAGACGCUUCGUUUCUGCGCCGCGGUUCAUCGAGACCCUGGCAGUGGCAGAUUCAAGCAUGACACACUUCUAUGGGGAGGAAAUCAAGCACUAUAUUUUGACCUUAAUAUCAAUGGCUGCCCAGCUGUACAAGCACCCCAGCAUAAAGAAUUCAGUGAACUUAGUGGUAGUGAAGUUGUUGGUGGUAGAGGAUGAGGAGGUUGGUCCUGAGGUCUCCAGCAAUGGAGGGGUAGCUCUCAGGAACUUUUGCUCCUGGCAGCAGCUUUUCAACCCACCAAGUCAGCGGCAUCCAGAACACUAUGACACUGCCAUCCUCUUCACCAGAGAGGACAUUUGUGGACAAAAGAGUUGUGAUACACUGGGUGUUGCCGACGUUGGAACAAUGUGUGAUCCCAAGAGAAGCUGCUCUGUUAUAGAGGACAACGGUCUGCAAUCUGCUUUCACUGCUGCACAUGAACUUGGUCACGUGCUGAGCAUGCCCCAUGACGACUCUAAAACCUGUGAGAGGCUGUUUGGGGAUCUCGGAGGGCAUUACCUGAUGGCCCCUUUGUUUGUUAGCCUCAACAAAACCAUGCCUUGGUCACCUUGUAGUGCACUCUACAUUACAGAGUUCUUUGAUAAUGGUCAUGGAGACUGCCUGUUGGAUGUUCCAGAGAGCAGCUUACCAUUACCGAAGGAGCUCCCAGGCAGCAAAUACAACCUAGACCAUCAGUGCCAACAAAUUUUUGGAGAGGAAUUCUUCCAUUGUCCCAACACAACAGACAGUGAUAUUUGCAGCCAGCUCUGGUGCCAAGAGGACGGAACAUCCCAGUGCUCCACAAAGAAUGGCAGCUUACCCUGGGCUGACGGCACCCCUUGUAGUCUCAACAGGACAUGCCUCCAUGGAGUGUGCAUGCCGACAAAGGAGGCACUGGAGCCACUGGUGGUUGUGGAUGGUAGCUGGAGCAUGUGGGGACCUUGGCAACAGUGUUCUAGGACAUGUGGAGGUGGAGUUGAGUUCUCUUAUAGGGAGUGUACAAACCCUGAGCCUCAGAAUGGGGGCAACUUUUGUGAGGGACAGAGGGUUCAGUAUCAGUCGUGCAACACACAACGCUGUGAUAACAAAGGCAAGAGUUAUCGAGAGGAGCAGUGUGAGAAGUACAACAGCCCAAACUACCUGGACUACAAUGGGAACAUGAAACAAUGGAUACCAAAGUAUGCUGGAGUGUCUCCUAGGGACCGAUGCAAACUAUUCUGCCGGGCCAGGGGGAGCAGUGAAUUUAAGGUGUUUGAGUCCAAGGUAAUUGAUGGAACACCCUGUGGUCCUGACACCACAUCCGUGUGCGUCCAAGGCCAGUGUGUGAAGGCAGGUUGUGAUCAGGUGAUUGGCUCUAACAAGAGAGUGGAUAAGUGUGGAGUAUGUGGAGGAAACGGGUUUAGUUGCAGGAAGAUCACAGGGUCCUACAACAAGGCAAUCUAUGGAUACAGUGACAUUGUCACAAUUCCUGCUGGUGCAACCAAUAUUGAUAUCAAACAGCGGAGCCACAGAGGAAUCAAGCAUGAUGGGAACUAUCUGGCUAUCAUGAGAGAGAGUGGAAGUUACAUUCUCAAUGGGAACUUCUCAGUAUCAACAGUGGAACAGGACAUUUCUGUGCUUGGUGCUGUGCUGAAAUACAGCGGUUCUUCCACCACGUUAGAGAGGAUCCAGAGCUUCAUGCAGCUGAAAGAGGCCAUCAUCAUUCAGCUUCUGGCCACAGUGGGAGAUACCAGCCCUCCUAAAGUGAAAUAUUCCUUUUUUAUCCCCAAAGAGGUUGAUUUUAAAUCAAAAGAUAAGAAGGGCUCUUCGGCAUCUUUGCAUGUGAUUCAUCCUUUCAGUGUGCCAGAGUGGGUUCUGGGAGAGUGGUCUGAGUGCUCAAAGAGCUGCGGUUCAGGCUGGUCUCGAAGGAAUGUGGAGUGCAGGGACAGUGCAGGCUUUCUUUCAAGCCUUUGUGAUACAGACUUGAAGCCAGUGGACAUCAGGGCUUGCGGGGAUCAACCCUGUCCCAUCUGGCAGAUGGGACCCUGGUCCGCCUGCUCACGAACUUGUAGUCAGGGCGAGCGCCACCGCAGCCUCCUCUGCAUAGACUACACUGGCAAGACUGUUGAACCAGAAAAGUGUGACCCUGAUAAAAAACCUGCACCUGUCUCCGGAGAAUGUUUUAACAUGGAGUGCUUAUGAAAAACAUGACUAAACUGAAUAAUUCCCCUUUUGAUCUGAUGGCACUUAUAAACAGAUUGCAUCACAUCACAGGGAAUACAUUUGCCUGAGUAUGGUUUUACCGUCGUAUUUUUGGGCUGUUGAGAACCACUGUUGAAAGUAACCAAUGGAAAACUACCUCGGAAAUGUAAUGAGAUCCCAUUUAUAGAUGCUAGGUCAAGGUGCUGUGUUUUAAUUCCUCCACUUUAAAUGACAACUAAUUUAUUGGAGUUACGUUUAGUUUAGUUUAGUUUAGUUUAGUUUAGUUUACAGAAUAUAUUUGAAAACUAGCUCUCAUUUAUAGUGUGGCUAAGAAAAUGGCAUUACGUCAAAUAUUGUACAGCAUGAUGUAACUAUCCUGUACUUCUAUCUAACAUACUGGCCUCCACAGAACUCAGUCCUCCAGGCUGCUUCAAUUGAAUGUUUUAUAACAGUUGCUGAGCUAGGUGAGAUUAGUGUGUUGUGGUUUUCAGCUUUCUUAAGAUCUGCUCCUCUUUCAUGAACUCCUCAUUUCAACCCGCAAGAAACUUGAUUUAUAUCUAGAUUGUAAAUUGGAUUUUCUUUUGGGAGGUGGUCUUCAUAAGUAAGACCUUCUUUGAUUGUAAAACAAUGCAAGAUUAUUGGGCUCUACAAAAAUAUUUUCCUGAUUUUACCAAAACUACUCUCUCUCUUUUUUUUGUAUUAUAAUUAAACAAAAUUUUUAGUAAGGUAACAGAAUUUGAGCUGAAACGUGUAAAAUAUCUUCUCAUAAAGAAGAAUAAUCCAAGAGAGAGCUUUGGUGCCCCGUAGUUUUUCCUUUCUGCUUUGUUUCAGUCGAGGGUAUCGGGCUUACAAACUAUCUUCAGUACAACUCAUACUUACUGUGUAUGGGUAUUUAUACCUAAUUUAUGAUGCAUUUCAUGUUAUGGAGUUAUGAUGGUAAUUUCCCCAUCACUUAUGCCUUAACAAUGUUGACAAUCAUACCUAAAAGCAUUUUCAAACUUUCAUAUGCAUUAUCUUAUUCUUCAUGACUGUUAAUUGACAGUAUAUAAUGAAAGAAAAUAGAGGGAGCAUUAGGCCCAUAUCCCUUCAAUGAAGGACCAUAAAAUGUUGUUAUUAAAACUUCCUUUUAAGCUAUUUAUUUUUUAAAGUUUUUACUUUCGGAGUGUAAUGAACAUGGCAGAUGCUACUGUCUUAGAAUUUCUUUUGUCUGUAAAAAUGGAU